AUGGAAGAACAGAUAGAACAAGCUGUUGCCAUCGCUUUGAGCCCCUCUUCGGAUCAUACUUUGAAAAGUCAGGCUAUGAACUUUUGUGAACAAGUAAAAGCAUCCCCCGAUGGUUGGCUAUUAUGUUUAUCAUUGUUCGUCCGAUUUCCUAAAAGUGCUCCCGAAGCUCGGUUGUUUGCUUUACAAGUUGUAGAUGGGGUUCUGAAAAAUGGAUCUCUUGACACGUCACAGCUUCUCCACAUUCGAACCACAUUAAUAGAGUUUGUUAAGCGAGAAUAUGUUCUCGAAGGAGUUAACGGUGUAGAAUUUAGUUCCGAGCCGCAAUAUCUGAAAAAUAAAUUUUCACACACUUUAACAUUACUCUUUGUUCAAUUAUAUCCGUCAUUAUGGCCAGAUUUCUUUGAUGAAUUUUUGGCAUUACUUCAAAUUAAUCAUAUAAAUGGUAGCAAAACCAAUGUCUGUACAAUAGAUAUAUUUCUGAGAAUAUUAAUAUCAAUUGAUGAAGAAGUAGUGAAUUUGUCUGUUCCUAGGAAAAAAGAGGAUGCACAAAGAAAUACAUCCAUUAAAGACUUUAUGAGGAGAAAUGAUGUUCAAAAACUUGCUACGGUUUGGUAUGACAUUUUGAAAGACUAUUGCACUCGAAACCAAGAUGUUGCUGAAAUGUGCUUAAAAAUAGUUGGGCUAUAUAUUUCCUGGAUUGAUAUCUCUUUGAUUGUAAAUGAGUCGUUCAUUACACUUAUAUAUCAAUUAUUGGGAGAAAUAAGACUUCGAAUUGCGGCUUGUGAAUGUUUGGCUGAAAUUGUAUGCAAAGGAAUGAAACCUUUAGACAAAUUUGAAUUGAUUCAAGUCUUGAAUCUAGCAGAUGUCAUGAGACGUUUAGAUCUCUCGGACGAUAUAGAGUUUGUAGAACAAGUCGCCAGGCUUACUAAUGUUCUUGGCGUAGAAUUAUGCAAAAUAUGGGAAGAGGUGGAUUCCGAAACAAAACCUGUUGUAUAUGUUCAAAUAGAACUCUUUCUCCAAUUUCUAUUGAAAUUUUUGGCUGACGAAUAUGAUGAUACUUCUUGUGCUGUAUUUCCUUUUGUAUCAGCAUUACAAACAGUGUUAAAAAAGCAGAAAAAUUUCUCUGGUGCAUUAACUGGAUCACAAAGAGAAUUUUUGGAUUCGUUGCUAAAAGUGGUAGUUCUCAAAAUGAAAUAUGAUGACGAAACAGAUUGGGGUGGAACAGAUGACGGAGCAGAAGAUGCGGCAGAAUUUUUGGAGAUGCGUAAGAAUCUAAAAUCAUUCUUUGAAGCGAUUUAUCACAUCGACACGCAAUUGUUUACAACAUAUAUUCGUUUUGCUGUGGUUAGUACUUUGGAUAAUUAUGCAAAAUUAGGAAAUGCACUUGAUUGGCGUGAACUAGAAUUAGCAUUGUACUUGUUACAUUUAUACGGGGAAGCAAUUAAAGGAAAAGUUCAGUUUGUGGAGAAACAUAACAAUGAAAUUACUGCAUAUACCCCUUUAGGGGAAAUGAUGAAUCAAAUGAUUCAGUACGUUUCUUCAUAUUCCCAUCCAGCCAUUACUCUGAAUUUUUUUGAAAAUAUUUCUCGCUAUUCUCAAUUUUUUGAGAUACAACCCGAUUGUAUUCCUCCGGUACUUGAGGCGUUUGUGGAUAUACGUGGUUUGCAUAAUCCAAAUACAACAAUUCGCUAUCGAUCCUGGUAUCUUUUUCAUCGAUUUAUAAAGUUAUUGAAGCUAAAAAUGGAUAAAUAUGUUAAUACAGUAUUGGGAAGUAUUCAGGAUUUAUUGAUGAUACAAGCUGUAAUUGAGCCUUCUGAUAUGUCUGCAGACAGUAAUCCUUUGACAAAAGAUAAAGCAAUGGAAAGUGGAUUUAGCGAGCAGAUAUUCCUUUUUGAAACUGUUGGUAUAUUAAUCACAGCCGACUGUAUCCCUCCGGAUAAUCAAAUGGAAUUUGCAAAAGCUGUAUUUAACCCUUUAAUGGAGGAAAUACAACGCUAUAUACAAAUCUGUACAGAAUCACCUGAACACAUAGAUCCUCGUUCAGUACUUCACUUACAUCACUUGAUAAUGGCUAUUGGUAGCAUUGGAAAAGGAUUUCCUGAAGCUCCCAAAGGCUCUCAUCCAACUAUUCCAUGGGUUGGAAUUCUAAAACAGUCUACUGAAAUUGUUCUUGCUGUGCUUAAAAUUUUGAACAGAUACGAAAUUAUCAGGGAUGCUGCAAGGUAUACCUUUGCACGGCUUGUUAGUGUACUUGGCACGGAGAUAUUGCCAUAUCUUCCUUUAUUAAUUAAUGAAUUGCUUACUGAGUGUGGAAUUUCAGAAUUAGUGGAUUUUCUCCCAUUUAUUGGACUUUUAGCUCAUAAAUUCAAGCUAAUUAUUCCCUUGGUCGAUAAAGUUUUCCAUUUCCUGAAUCAAACACCAUCCGGAACGGAUGAUGCACUUUUGUUGAUAGAUCUUCGAAAAGCUUAUCUAAAUUUCAUUUUAGGAUUGUUGAACAAUGAAAUGGAUGCAGUUUUCGUCAGCGAAUUGAAUCAGCCACGUCUAGAAAGCAUACUUCAAAGUGUAAUACAUUAUGCCAGUGAUCCUUCGGAUAUUCCCUCGAUGAAGAUAGCUUUUAGUAUACUUUCGAAAGCAUUGACACUAUGGGGUAGCCAGUACUUAGCAAUGGGUGCAUUAUAUGAACACAUAUUACGUAUUUGUUUCGAAGUUCCCUUUAAGCCGUCAUUCAACGUGAACGACGGUCAAUCACUAACGGUCUUAAAUGAAAUAUCUAAGAUAUUGAAAAUAAUGCUUUCACAAAGGGGAGAUGAUUUUCUCAGAAAUGUAUGGACUAUUUGGUUGCUACAACCGGAUCUUCUUGAUGAUUUCCUACGAACCUUACAGCAAUUAGAAUUAAAAGCAUUUCAGAAAUAUUUCCAGCAAUUCGUUAAAAGAUCAAAGUCAUGA